AUGGCGGACGCGAGUUUCUACACUCGCGCCCAGGAACUGUUAACCGCGGCCCUGAAUAAAUCCCCCAAACCCCCGAUCAUCGUCGACGACAUCAUCGUCUCCGAACUCAAUCUCGGCUCUAUGCCGCCCGAUCUGGAAAUCCUCGAAAUCGGCGACUUGGCCGAGGAUCGCUUUCGAGGCAUCUUCAAGAUGUCCUACACGGGCGACGCCUUCCUGACCCUGAAAACCCGGGUACAGGCGAAUCCGCUCAAUACCUAUCUCUUCACAAGACCCUCCUUCGCCUCGCCGUUGCCGUUAGCUGCAGCAACUCCUCUCACAAUCCCCCUUCAAAUCACUCUAUCCGACUUCAAACUCUCCGGCUUCGUUAUCCUAGUCUUCUCCAAGCAAAAAGGAAUCACCGUCGUCUUCCGGAAUGACCCACUGGAAUCGCUUAAGGUUUCUUCGACAUUCGAUUCGAUCCCCUUUGUUCGUGACUUCCUACAAAAAGAAAUCGAGGGUCAGCUUCGCAUCCUGUUCAUGGACGAGCUACCCGCCAUCAUACAUCGACUAUCCCUUCAGUUAUGGGUCCCCGAAUACCGCAUCGGGGAGGAAGCGCAAAACCGCGCCGACAACAACGCGGCAGCCGAGGGCCCGGGUCAAGAUCCGUUGGCCAGUCCUCCUCAGGAUCCAGUCGAUGCUCAGGGAAAUGCCCUGAAUGACUCGGAUAUCGCCUCGCUUUCCCUCGACUCCUCGGUUGAAACCCAUUCGCUAUUUUCGCAGAAGAAUCUUCUGCGACUGGCAACUCUCACGGAUUCGCAACGCACAUUGUCGCUCUUCACCCCCUCGAUUCGAGAAGUGGUUUACCGUGCAUGGACUUCGCCUUCCGACCAGGGUGACGGAAAUGGAAGCGUCAUGUCUCCAUUAAGCCCGGUACUAUCGCGCACUCAAUCUCACGCCGGCAGCAUGUCUUCCUUCCAGGACAAUGCUAGCAUGGUGUCGACACACAGUCGAUCGUCUGCCUCGACCCACGCCUUUAGCAGUUAUGGUCUGAGUCUUGGGGCCGGUCGUCAUUCGAAGGCCCAUUCUAGAAAGCGCAAGAAGCGUGUCGUGGAUUUGCGCCGACCCAAGGCUCCGGAGGACUCGGCAAGUGUCAGCGAUGAAAGCGCCUUCACCGAAACGACCAGUGCACCAUCGGUGUGCUCCGCCCCGCUCCCGGUUGUCAAUGAACAACCCGACGAUCCGGUGACGCCUCCCUUGUCCCCGGAUAGCGAUCUUCAACUUCCGACAAUCCCCGAACGGCAUCGCACAAGUCUUUCUCGCCCUACCCCUCGUCGCAACAUUGCAGCAGAGAUUCUGCGUGAGCCGGGAGAGUCUUCUUUGGCACCCACGAAACAUGGAGAUGUCGAUGUGACUCCUCGAGCUACCGUGCGCCCUCACGGCGCCUCUCAACGCAACAGCCAAAAGCAAGAGGCUGAACCGUCUCGGCAGUUGCCGUCUACGAUACUUCCAUUGGUCGAAGAAAAGCCUAGUUCCGGUCCGGUCGACCAGGCCUUAGUCGAAAGGCUAGCGGGAGAAAUCGCCCGUCGAAUGCGAGACGAAAAAUUGAUGCCCAGCACCUCCUGCAGCCCUUUCUGGGGCCGUGCCAACCACGAGGACUCUCCUCCGCCGGCCUACGGCCAGUGA